AUGGACCUAGAUAACUUGUCAGCAAAUUGGAAGAAACUUCAAGCCACUCUAAGCACGAAGACAAGUAUCAACUCCACGAAAUUGUCCAAGCAUGGCGUGAAACGCAAACGGGAAGUCGUGAGGCAUACCGCGCCCAAGAACGCAGCAGAAUUCGCGGAAUCUAGGAAGAGACCACGUAUCCGCGGGAUUAUGGCUACAGAUGGCAGCGUGUCUACGAAAACACUGUCUAUCCAAGAACUAGAGCAGUCUGACAACGCUCCUCGCCCACGGUUUCUUGCCCACCCAUCAUCACAGGUCAAUGCUGGGUUGUCUCCCGAGGUGGAAAUCGGCAGGUACGUUGCUCUAGAUUGCGAGAUGGUCGGCGUUGGGCCGAAUCCAGACAGAGAAUCAGCACUUGCUCGUGUCAGCGUUGUCAAUUACAAUGGCGACCAAGUCUACGACUCCUACGUUCUUCCCCUUGAGCCUGUCACAGACUUCCGAACGCAUAUCAGUGGCAUAUCACACAAUCACAUGAAAAUUGCACGAGAGUUCAAAGAGGUCCAAGUGGAAGUGGCAAAGAUUCUGAAGGAUAAAGUUAUUGUUGGCCACGCCAUACGGCAUGAUCUGGAAGCUCUGAUGAUCAGCCACCCUCAACGAGAUAUUCGGGAUACAGCUCGCCAUCCACCUUAUCGCAAAAUAGCGGGAGGUGGAUCACCGCGAUUAAAAAUCCUGGCGUCAGAAUUGCUAGGAUUUGAGAUACAGCGAGGCGAACAUUCAAGUGUGGAGGAUGCCCGGGCGUGCAUGUUACUGUUUCGUAAAGAUAAAUCGGCUUUCGAACGAGAACAUUCCAAGCGAUGGCCGGCACCGCCUCCUGAAAGACAACAGGACGUGGAAGGCGAGAAGAAACCUCGCAAACAAAAGAAGAAGAAGAGGAAGAAGCAUUGA